AAUCCAGAUCCACCCAUAUGACACACACUGCCAACAGAGAAGAAGACUGCAGACAUCCACAGCUCUGUUUUCAUCUUUCCUAGCCAUGCAAAACUGAUCGCUUUUCCUCAUCUACGUACCCCUUUGACACCCGGAAUGAAGACUUUGGAGUUUAUAUUAACACAAGAGUAGUAUGCUGGACGUAGGAAAGUGGCCGGUGUUUGCCCUCCUGCCCCCUGAGGAGCUGCGGCUCGUCCGUCAAGCCUGUGUGUUCGGCAGCGCUGCCAAUGAGGCCAUCUACGUUACCGUCAAUGAUGAGGUGUUUGCACUGGGGACAAACUGCAGUGGCUGUCUGGGGCUCGGGGACACACAGAGCACCAUUGAGCCCAGGCGGAUCGACAUCUUGUGUGGGAAGAAAAUUGUCUCUUUGAGCUACGGCACAGGGCCACACGUGGUCAUCACCACUGCAGAUGGAGAAGUUUAUGCCUGGGGUCACAAUGGCUACAGUCAGCUGGGUAAUGGCACCACCAACCACGGCCUGACUCCUGCCCUGGUUUCUACCAACCUCAUCAGCAAGAGGGUGACAGAGGUGGCCUGUGGCUCUCACCACACCAUAGCCCUCACAACAGAGGGAGAGGUGUUUGCCUGGGGCUACAACAACUCCGGGCAGGUGGGCUCCGGAUCCACGGCCAACCAGCCCACCCCACGCAGGGUCAGCAGCUGCCUGCAGAACAAGGUGGUGGUCAACAUCGCCUGUGGACAGCUCUGCUCUAUGGCCGUUCUGGACAAUGGAGAGACAUAUGGCUGGGGUUAUAACUGCAAUGGGCAGCUCGGUUUGGGCAACAAUGGCAACCAGCAAACCCCCUGCCGGAUCGCUGCCUUACAGGGAAUCAACAUCAUACAGGUUGCAUGUGGAUACGCACACACAUUGGCUCUUACAGAUGAGGGAUUUGUUUACUCUUGGGGUGCGAACUCCUACGGGCAGCUGGGUACGGGCAACAAGAGCAAUCAGGCUGUGCCCACCCUCAUCAACAUGGACAAAGAGAGAAUGGUGGAGGUCGCUGCGUGUCACACCAGUCACACAUCGGCGGCAAAAACACAGAGCGGUCAGGUGCUGAUGUGGGGUCAGUGUCGGGGUCAGGCCGUGGCUUACCCUCACCUCACGCACUUCACCAGCACUGACGAUGUCUUCGCCUGCUUCGCCACACCGGCGGUCACCUGGCAUCUCCUGUCUGUGGAUGGAGAUGACUACCUGACUGUUGCCCAGUCCCUAAAGCGAGAGUUUGACAGCCCAGAAAUCUCUGACCUAAAGUUCCUGGUUGAUGGCAAGUGUAUUCACGUGCACAAAGCCCUUCUUAAAAUCAGGUGUGAGCAUUUCCGAGCACUGCUGAACGAGACUGAUGAAGAGACCAUUGAGAUUCAUCAGUUCUCUUAUCUGGUGUAUCGCGCAUUCCUGGAGUACCUGUAUACUGAUACCAUCAACCUCCCACCUGAGGAUGCUAUUGGUCUGCUGGAUUUGGCCACAUACUACCGUGAGAGCCGUCUGAAAAGACUGUGUCAGGAGACCAUCAAGAGAGGCAUCACAGAGGAGAACGCUAUAACACUGCUCUCAGCUGCUGUCAAGUAUGAAGCACGGGAUCUGGAAGAGUUCUGUUUCAAGUUUUGCGUUAACCACCUGACGGCCGUCACUCAGACGCAGGCCUUCGCCGACAUGGACCACGAUCUGCUGAAGAACUUUAUCAGCAAAGCCAGCCGCUACGGGGCCUUCAAAAACUGACUGAGAGAUGGAGUCUAGGCAGGUAUUCUGCUCAGGCUCUGCUACAUCCAGGCCUGUUAACUCAUAUGCCUCAGAUCUGGAGAGAGUUACUCCAAAUUCCUGUGGUUUGAGCGUGAAGAAGUGGAAAGCCACUGCACUGGUUUUCUUCUGGGUCCCAGUGCCUUUAAACUGCAUUCCCAUUUGAAGCCCUACAUAACUUGAAGAAUUCAAGACUAGUGUCUCUGGAUUCAAAGGGAUGAUACGAGUUUAAAUAGAUUGUAAUGAAAUAGCUAAACAAACAACCAUACACCUCUGAGGUGCUUUACGGGCAAGGGAUUCAUCUGUGCAUAAGCAAAAGGGAAGAACCAUCUCAUGUAGGAGAUAAUUGAUGGAGAAAGAGUUGCUUUUCUGUUACUGAAUUAUUGUUUUGGGUCAAGGUUACCAAAUCCAUCUCUUGCUGUCAUGAUGGCCUUUAUAAAGCAGGCCAACAGCCGAACCUCCUGCAGAGUUUCAAAGAUAAAGCUGUCAUAGGAUAUCAUGAUUUCAUUUUUUUUUCUUUUCUUCUGGCAUUAGAAGUAAUUUUACACUGUAAUAUGUCAUACAAGUGAAGUAUAGCGUUAUUUUUAAAUUUAGUAUCAAGUGACUUUGGCACCAAUCAUUUACAGAUCCAACUAAUGUCAUUUAUGUUAUUUUUUUACUGACAGUAAUGUUACUUUUGAUAUGUUUGCACUAUUUCUGUGUAACAGUGUUAUUUUGAAUAGGUCAAUGUCCAAAAGGUCAAUGUCUGUGCUUUUGUCCAGUCAUAUUUUUACAAGCACCAACAUGAGUGAAUCUCGCAAAAAAAAAAAAAAAAAACUGUCAAGAAAAUGUCCAAACCAUACUUCACCCCAAAAUCAUAUAUAUAUAUAUAUAUAUAUAUAUAUAUAUAUAUAUAUAUAUAUAUAAAAUAUUAUUUUAAUUCAUUUUUUACAUUUGGAGUGAAAUAUGAUUGGGACAUUUCUUCAUGGCAUCACCCAUCUGCACUGCUAUUGUUGAGAAACGGUGCCGUCUGGUGGUGAUGAUGCAAAGCUAAUCAUGUGUCCAUAUUCUGUUAAAUAAUUCACUUUCCAUUGACAGCUAAAGAUUUUCUUGUACCCCCAGUAAAUCCAAACUCCUCCUAGAUAUUUUUUAUUACAUAUGAUAGCAUCAGCCAACCUACCCAAUCUUGAAAUAGCACUUGAAACAACAAGCAUAUGUUUUAUUCCAAGGGUUUACAGUAAGUUAAGAGGUGUUAAUCAGGCACAACCUGAUGUCAGAGAGCGCUUUCACUCUCUCUGUGUGUUCUUGAUGGUCAGUUGUUACAGUCUGUUCAUAUUUGUUUACACGCAGUCAGGGGCUUCUGUUCUGUUGUGGAUACAUGGUUUCCUUCUUUUGUAACCCCGUCAAUGAGGGUCAGGACUGCUAACCCUGCCGAUUGCCAAGAAGAGGGUCUGUUAAAUGUUCCCUAGUGGUCAUUUAACACUUGAAUAAUCUCUGUUUUAAGAUGAUACCAAACUGCUUGUUUUCCUUUAAGCAAAUGUCAUACAGCACUUUGAAUAUUUAAAUAAAUGUCGUUUAUGUUGAAACUGAUGUGCUACAUAACUGUUUUGGAAAAGUUAGAAUUACAAAUAUUAUAUUGUAGUACAAACAUUGCACUCUUCUUUUUUUCACUUUUUAUUCUUUAUAAGUUAUAAUAUAUUAAUUAUAAUAUAUUAUAAUAUAUUAAUAUUAUAAUAUAAUAUAUUAAUAUUAUUCUUCUUAUGCAUCACAGUAUAUAAAUAAUUUGUAGAUGGUUUGCUCGGAGCAAAGGCUGACAGGGUUAUAACCUGGGCUCUGAACGAAGUUGAGAGCACCUUAGUAACGCAACUUCUCUUGGUUUAAGGACAACUCUACAGUCAUCAGGACGAAAACCCAUGCAUGACUCGCUGACUAGAAGAGCAUGUAUAUAACUGACUUGUUUAACUGAUACAAUUGUGGGUAAAAGCGCCGUCUUGAAAGUGAGUACUUAUAGCGAAGCAGGCUGGACUGGCUUGAAUGGCGAACACGUCAGGGCUUUCAAAACUAAAGCCAAAUCCCAAGUGGGGAUUGUAGACGGGCGAGGAGGGUUUAGCCAUCUCGCGCCAUGUAAAGGUUUGACCACUAGGUCAUUCCUGCCAACUGGCCGACCAUCAGUUCUGCUAUGAAAAGCUUACAUAGCGGCAACGUAAAAUUUGAGCGUAGAAGGUGCACGGCCUUCAUCUACACGCUCCUGCAAGAAUGACAUAACUGGAAUCUGACAAUUCACAGAGUCCUCGUUACUUGAGCUGCACAAGCUCUAAAAUACUUUCAAUUUAUGAGCAUAGAGUCGCCUGGUAGAAGGGGCACUUGCUGCAGUACUUGUCUUUAAUUCGUUGGGCAGUGUAACUGAUGCCAGCAGCCAGACAUGCAGAUUGUUGCUGUCGCCAUCAUGAGUGGAUGAGAGCAAAGUGGCGGUUGUGCCAGCAUUAUUGCCUAUAUCACAGUAAUGCUGAGUUCCUAGACUUUGUUGAACGCCGUGCCUGAACGACAGGAAAUUACUGUUGGUGCUUUAUCCACUACAGAAAUUAUGGAAUGGAAUGGAAUAUAAUGCCCAAAUACCAAUAAGGCGGCAGUCAUGCCAGGAGUAAUUAUAGAUCGGGAGAACCCCUGUGAAAGGUUCCACUCCCUAAGAAGGGGAUAUGAUGGGUGGUUGAGUGGCAGAAGCCUGUGAUAGUUCAACACACUCUCUGAAUGAACCAUGAUCAGCCAAACAUUCAGAUCAUUCAGCUCGCAAACUCCACUCAGAGAGCCAUGUUCGCGCACUCCAAGAACGUACACACUUAUAGUAGGGAAUGCAAAGCGGUACGCUGUGCCCAUGAAGCAAUCUCAGGGUGCAUUCGCACUAGGUGAACUGAACCGUGCCCGAGCACAUUUGACCCCCAAAGUCUGGUUCGCUUGACUUGCGUGAUCGGCCAGAGAUGCACGGUUCAGUUGGGCUCGGGCACGGUACGCAUAUAGUGUGAGCACUAACCGCGCCGGAGCAGCUAUUACUUUUGUGUGCGCAUCAUUGUCGAUCACUGUUAUCAUUACGACAGCAAACAUGUUCUAUUACUACUUGGACAGUACACACCAGGGCACGGUACAAGGCAACUGUGCCUAGUGUGAGUGCAUCCUCAGAAACACUGGUGAUGAGGGCUAUCUGAAUAUAGAAGUAGGUAGAGUUGUGAAAAGUACCGACUUCAGUACCAAGUUGGUACUGAAAUUUUAAAAAUGUGACGCUUUGAGCACUGUUGAGCGGAUUCGUAAACCCCUCUGAUUGGCCAUUGUUUUCAUGCUCUCAUCGGAUAUGUCUAUUUUUAACAUUUCAGUACUGACUUGGUACUGAAGUCAGUACUUUGACAACUCUAGAAGUAGGCACUCUCCAGAUGUACUGAGAUAAUUUAACUUCUCAGCCAACCUGUGAGAGGAUCUUUUUAUACGGAGCUCGCUGCUUUAAGGCAAUGGGCGAGAGAAAAGAAUAGGCACAGAAGCACUGUAUUCUGUCUUCCAGCUUUGUCGCACCGCACAGUGGAACACAUAGCACAAAGACAACUAGUGAUCUCAAUGCCCGCAAUAGGCAGGGAAACCGAGAGUGGAGUAAGAUAGCGGGUAGACUUCCGUCAAUCUGAAUGCGGCAUGUUCCUCAUGUUGGGAACGGAUGGCUUUUCAGCCACGAGUUCUGUGGUUUUGUAGCUGGCUCAGGCUCUAUGCAAGAGGCUGAAGCCGGCUAGACAACAGUUGCACAAUGCUAUGCAGAGGAAGAGCGCUGAAAACAGCGGCACAGCCUGUGUAUUAAAGUCCAAGUCCAAGAUGAAUAACGUGCAUCACUUUCAGGUAUGUUGACAAACAUGUGAAACGUAUAUUUUGGGCUAUUGAAGUUAAUGGGUGAGAUUAAUUAAACGUGUUUAACACCAUUAAUAAUUUGAUAGCAACGCAUCUGAUUUUAUACUAAUGCAAUUUUUGUCAUAUAAUUUAAAUUGUUAAUGCGCUAUGCAUUGCAAUUUGAACCUUGGUAAAGACUUGUAGGGCUGUCACAAUUCCUCAAUUAAAUUCGAGUGCUCGAUUUAAAAAAAAAAAAAAAAAAAUAAAA